AUGGAACGGACUUUGGCCGAGAACAAAGAAUUGAUCGAUGUGGAGCUGCAGUCAGAGAUUGAUGUGGAGAAACAAAAAUGGCGAGACAUCCUGGAACGACUUAUUCACUGCAUCAAGUUUCUUGCGACGCAAAACCUGGCUCUGCGAGGACACCGAGAAUCCCUCCAGUCGGACGACGCCUCUAACGUCGGGAAUUUUCUUGGACUCCUGAAACUUCUCGCCGCCUUCGACCCUGUCAUGCAAGCGCACCUCAAAAAUGCCAAAAAUCGUCCCGGAUCGACUUCUUACCUCUCGGCAGCCACACAGAACGAGUUUAUCCAUUUGAUGGCGUCUACUGUUCGCGAAAAUAUGCUCGAAACGAUCCGUCAAGCGAAAUAUUUUGGUAUCAUGUUUGAUCCGACCCCUGAUCAAGCACACCGUGAGCAAGUUUCAGAAGUAGUUAGAUAUGUGGACGUGGAUUUUACAAAGAAAACGGUACGUGUUGCAGAAUCUUUUCUAGGAUUCAUCCAGAUCAACCUGAAAGACGCUGAGAGCUUAGUUGGGACCAUUUUGAGCCAGUUGGAGAAAGACGGUAUGGACCUCCAGGAUUGCCGGUCGCAGUGCUACGACAACGCUGCUGUGAUGGCGGGACACAAAAGUGGUGUUCAACAAAGGAUCAUCGAGAAGAAUCACCUGGCAGUUUUCGUGAACUGCGACAAUCACUCACUCAACUUGAUUGGUGUCAACGCAGCCAAACAGGACGUUAUGAUGGUGACUUUUUUUGGGACCAUUCAAGCUCUCUACGUAUUCUUUUCCUCCUCGACUCAGCGCUGGGAAAAACUCAAGAUUGCUGUUCCUAAAGUUGUGAAAUCGGAGUCAACAACCAGAUGGAGCGCAAGGGUGGAAGCGGUGAAGCCCAUCAACAACCACCUCGACGAGAUACUCCAAGUCCUUCAAGCCAUGAUUGAUGGUGCCACGGAGACCACAGACACACGGAGCGAAGCGAGGCAGCUCUACAACCGGAUGUUGACUCCUGAAUUUUUGACCCUACUUGGAUUUUGGACCAACGUGCUUCUCCCGAUCGACCGAGUCCAGAAAAGGUUGCAAGAUCCGGCGAUGAACUUCCACGAUGCCGCGUUAGACCUGGAAAGCCUACGAGAUCAUUUCUACAACGAGAGGGAAAGACUAGUGAGUAAAGCUCUGGAGGUUGGGCUUAAUCUCUGUCAAGAGUGGGAGGUUGAGACGGAAAGGCGACCAAGACGAAAGAAGACAAUGGCUGGCGAAACAUCUAAAGAUGCUGGAUUGAAAACAACGCAGGAAACCGAACGAGCUAUGAAGGAGACGAUCGACCGCCUGCACACCGAGAUGGACGACAGAUUCACUCGUUUGCACGACACUGAUGCGAAGUUUGGCUUUCUUCUCGACGUUGAGGGAUUAUGUACCGGUAUCAGCAGGGACAUCUUGAAGACAAAGUGCGAGAACUUCGGCCAGACUUACAACCGUGAUGUUGAUGGUGAGCAGUACGAGGAGAUUUUGGACUUCAGAAUGAUGAUCAGUACGAGGACGAACGUUAAACUAACACGACCUGAAGAUGUUCUGCUGUUCAUCGUGCAAUACGGAGAUGAGAGCGUGUUCCCGAAUCUUCGAAUCGCCAUUCAGAUCUUAUUAACGAUUGCUGUUUAG